AUGGCUGAAACUGCAGUGAUCCAUCUUCUAGCCAAUCUUGCACCCUUCCUUCAGGGAGAGGUGAAUUUGUUGAGUGGAGUUCGGGAAGCAAUGGAAGACAUCAGAGAUGAAUUCGAGCGCAUGUCGGCUUUCCUCAUAGUUGCUGAUGCUACGGAAGAAAGGGACCCCGAACUGAAAGUUUGGGUCAAACAAGUCCGAGAUGCUGCUUAUGACACUGAAUAUGUUCUUGACAAAUUCAAGCUUCACCUUGCACAACAUCACGGCGAUGGAUUCGGUGGUUUCCUUCGUAAGUCUUUCUACUUUCCCAAGACUUUAAAAGCUCGCCACCAAAUUUCUUCUGAAAUACAAAGAAUCAAGUCCAGGGUCAUCAAUAUUUCCGAGGGACAUAAAAGAUACCGUGAUAAAUAUGGCAUACUAGAGCAAGGCUCAAGGUCCAAUGUUGUUAACAAUUCAUGGUAUGAUUAUCGUGGCGAUGCACUUCUACUCGAAGAAGCAAAGCUAGUGGGCAUCGAAAAGCCCAAAAGUCAACUGAUGGAGUGGCUAGUCGAGGGAGAUUCUGGGUUGAAAGCGGUUUCUGUGGUGGGAAUGGGGGGCUUAGGCAAAACCACCCUGGUUAAAAAAGUCUAUGAUGAUGCAACGGUGAAGAAACAUUUUGACAGCCAUGCUUGGCUCACUGUUUCCGAGUCAUUCAGGGCUGAGGAUCUCCUGAAGGGCAUGAUUCAAUAA